GGAAACGCACACGAAAAUUGGUGUCUACUGAGGCUGUUACCAUUUAUGAUUGGCCCCAAAAUACCUGAAGAGGAAGAGACAUGGCAGUUGUUGAUGACACUCAAAGAUGUUGUUGAGUUGGUGAUGUCCCCUGCCCAUACAGAUGAAAGUAUUGGCCACUUAGAUAGCCUAAUUGCUGAGCAUAGAUCUAGAUUUAUCAGUGCUUUUCCUAAGGAGAAAUUGAUUCCAAAACACCAUUUUGUAGAGCAUUAUCCAGGACUUAUUAAAGCUUUUGGCCCUCUAGUGUCCUUAUGGACAAUGAGGUUUGAAGCAAAGCACCACUUCUUUAAGAAGAUAGUGAGACACACUAACUGCUUCCGUAACAUUUUGAAAACUAUGGCAAGAAAACACCAGUGCAUGAUUGCAUACCAUCUCCACGGAUUAAAUGUAAAAAAACGUGCCGUUUCUGUAUCAAGCGUAUCAAGAGUUCCACUACAGGUAGUACAUGAAAACAUACAAGAAUUCAUAUUGCAGAAGUUUCCUGAAGAAGCAGCUGUUCAUUUCACAAGCAAAGUAGAAUUUCAGGGCACCAGUUACGGUAUUGGCAUGAUGCUGGUAUAUAGAUCCACAGGUGGGUUGCCUGACUUUGCAGAAAUACUGCAAAUUAUUGUUGUUCAAGACAGCUUAGUUUUUGUAGUUAAAUUGCAUAGUGCGUGGUACUUUGAACAUUUUAGAUGUUUUAAGCUGGAGUCCACAAGCAUAGUCAAGGUAAUAGACCAGUCAGAACUUGCUGACACACACCCAUUGGCUGCCUAUGCUGUGGAAGGCAAUCGAAUGGUUUCUCUGAAACACCACAUCUGCUUAUCAAACUAGACAUUCUGCUUGACCAAGGCUGUGAUGAUGUCAGGCCCAAUUCAACUGCGUGUUGUUAUUGAAGAUAGUCAAGUUCACAAGUUAGUCCUAGCAGGUGGAAUCCCAAGCACUGUAGAUGAACUUCUGGCAACAGCCCAGAAUCAUUUUCAUCUCCAAGGAAGUUUUACUGUUAUGUACAUGGACAAAGAUUUUGAUGACCAGUUCUUCACUCUAAUGUCAACCGAUGUGAUUAAGGACAAAGACACAAUCAAAUUGGUUAAAACAGAACCGUCUGUUGUUCUAACAUUUACUCCCAUCUCUGAGACUGAUGCUUCCUCCCCAGCAGCGUCACUGGAUCGGUCUUUCCAGGAUGAUGGUUCUUCAGUGAGUUCAUCCGACACAGUCAUUAUACAACAGCCCCCAGAGCAUCGAUCUCAACCAUGGCCUGUUGAUUUUGUGGUUCCCACCUUUUCAUUUAAUGUGGAAAUGCUCCUCCAAGCAGGAUGCAAGGCUUAUGAAAGUGAUGGAUCACUCCUUCAGAAUCCAAGCAUAAACUCUGACAUACUAGAGAAACUUGCUGAAGCAAUAUUCCACUACACUGCCUACCCCACUGGUCUGCAAAUACAGGCAGUUGUAGAAUCUCUGAUCAACAAGUAUCCAUGCUUAAAAGAGCCUGGAACCUCCUUUUCUGGAAUGUAUGGGUGGCAGCAGCGUCUAAAGUACAAGAUGGCAAACUACCGUUCUAAAAUGAGAAAACAGAUACCUUGUCCUGAGCUUGAUAUCAACUCCUUGAAAAGGAAGUCCCCUGGUGAGAAAAAUCCUGCUAAAAAUUGCAAGAGACCGAAGAGGGCAGAAGUGAACUACCUUCCUCCACACCCAAGUGGAGAAACGAGCAACAGUCUGGAGAAGGAAAGACAAGAGCUUCUUUAUGAAGUAAAGAAGAAGAACAACACCAAGGUUAUUCAAGACAAAAUGGCCAAAACGUUCUCCUAUCGAAGGAUUGAGGUUGUGAGUGGUAGUCCAGCGGCGGAUGAGUUCAGAGAGAGAUGGCCUGCUUUGUUUUGUGAAGCUGAGAUCAAAGAGGAAUUCAGGAGAAUAACUACGGUUUCCUUAGAGCAGACCUUCAUGCGCAAACUUGACUACUACACUCCAAAACUUCUUGCCCUGAUGAAGGUCAAAGGAGGUGUCGUGGGGACCAAGCUGAGACCACACUUGGACAAAAUGUGUCAGGAUCAAAGCAUUGAAAUGAGACGAGAUGCUAUUAUCCGCAGCCUCAUACUGUACCUUGGUGAGAAAGAAGAAGAACUUUUUAAAGAUUGCCUGGAAGAUAACCGCAGUGACGUGACUGAACACCUCCUUAAGAUAUUGGUCAUCCAUGGUGCUGAGGGAGAGGAUCCAGUGGAUGUCUCAAUCCUUCUUGAUGGUGCAGAGAUCUUGCCGGGAUGCUGCAACACUGCCAAAGCUUGUGCGCUGCUCAUGGGGCUAAUUUAUGCUCUGAAUCUGGCAUACCCUUUGUCACUGCGAUACACUUUUGAGGUGUUCCAGAAGCUUUUCCUGGAGCUGGAUGUAAUUAAACUGUCCCCGAAGGUACAAGCUUUAAAGUCAAAGUUGCUGUCUUAAGGACUACUGCAAUGGCACAUACUUCUCAGCUGAUGGUACAUCCUGAUUGACUGGUCAGCAGUUCAGUUCAUUUCAGUUUGCUGACCACUACACUGGACCUUCCUCUCACAAACUGCAGUUUGUUGUUCCAUGGGAC